AUUGGUUACAACGUUGGGCCAAUUGGGGGGUUUGUUGUUAGGCAGGCUGGGAGACCUGGUCUACAGAGGAAAGUGGCAAGAUGGUGUUGGAAAGCACUAUGGUCUGUGUGGACAACAGUGAGUACAUGCGGAAUGGGGACUUCCUACCCACCCGGCUGCAGGCCCAACAGGAUGCUGUCAACAUAGUAUGUCACUCCAAGACCCGCAGCAACCCUGAGAACAACGUGGGCCUCAUCACACUGGCCAACGACUGUGAAGUGCUGACCACUCUCACCCCUGACACCGGCCGCAUCCUGUCCAAGCUCCACACUGUCCAGCCAAAGGGCAAGAUCACCUUCUGCACUGGCAUUCGUGUGGCCCAUUUGGCUCUGAAGCACCGACAGGGCAAGAAUCACAAGAUGCGCAUCAUUGCCUUUGUGGGGAGCCCAGUGGAGGACAACGAGAAGGAUCUGGUGAAACUGGCUAAACGCCUCAAGAAGGAGAAAGUAAAUGUUGACAUUAUCAAUUUUGGGGAAGAGGAGGUGAACACAGACAAGCUGACAGCCUUUGUAAACACACUGAACGGCAAAGACGGAAGCGGCUCCCACCUGGUGACGGUGCCUCCUGGGCCCAGCUUGGCUGAUGCUCUCAUCAGCUCCCCCAUUUUGGCUGGUGAGGGCGGUGCUAUGCUGGGUCUUGGUGCCAGUGACUUUGAAUUUGGAGUGGAUCCCAGUGCUGAUCCUGAGCUGGCCCUGGCCCUUCGUGUUUCCAUGGAAGAACAGCGGCAACGGCAGGAGGAGGAAGCCCGGCGGGCAGCUGCAGCCUCUGCUGCUGAGGCUGGUAUUGCUGCAACUGGGACAGAAGGUGAAAGAGACUCAGAUGAUGCCCUGCUGAAAAUGACCAUCAGCCAGCAGGAGUUUGGCCGCACUGGGCUCCCUGACCUAAGCAGCAUGACUGAAGAAGAGCAGAUCGCAUAUGCUAUGCAGAUGUCCUUGCAGGGAGCAGAGUUUGGCCAGGCUGAAUCAGGAGAUAUCGAUGCCAGCUCAGCCAUGGACACAUCAGAGCCAGCCAAGGAAGAGGAUGAUUAUGAUGUGAUGCAGGACCCUGAGUUCCUUCAGAGUGUCCUAGAGAACCUUCCAGGAGUGGAUCCCAACAAUGAAGCCAUUCGAAAUGCCAUGGGCUCCCUGGCCUCCCAGGCCACCAAAGAUGGCAAGAAGGACAAAAAGGAAGAAGACAAGAAGUGAGACUGAAGGGAAAGGAAAGCUGAACCUUCUCAGGGUACCGCCUGUGGGCUGUGGGAUGGGUUAGGUGUGUGCUGUUGGGAACCAUUACAACCUAAAUAAAGCUUGGUGACUUUUUU